AUGGCCUCCGGAUACGACAGAGCUCUGUCGGUUUUCAGUCCCGAUGGACACGUCUUCCAGGUCGAGUAUGCUGGAGAAGCUGUGAAGCGAGGAACCUGCGCAGUUGGUGUCAAGGGUACUGAUGUUGUGGUGCUGGGAUGUGAGAAGCGAUCGGCCAUGAAGCUGCAAGAUACUCGGAUCACGCCCUCCAAGAUCCAACUCCUCGACAACCACGUCGCCCUGGCAUUCGCUGGCCUCAACGCAGACGCCCGAAUCCUCGUCGACAAGGCGCGAUUAGAGGCGCAGUCCCACCGUCUCUCAGUUGAAGACCCCGUCACCAUUGACUACAUUACCAAAUACGUCGCCGGUGUGCAGCAACGGUACACCCAGGCUGGUGGUGUGCGACCAUUCGGCAUCAGCACCUUGAUCGUUGGAUUUGAUAAUGGCAGCAAGGUCCCCCGGCUCUACCAGACCGAACCCUCUGGUAUCUAUUCCGCAUGGAAGGCGAACGCUAUCGGCCGUUCCAGCAAGACUGUGCGCGAGUUCCUCGAGCGAAACUACAAGGAGGAUAUGGACCGGGAGGCUACCAUUCGACUGGCCAUUAAAUCCUUGCUCGAGGUCGUCCAGACCGGAGCCAAGAACAUCGAGAUUGCCUUGAUGGCACCUGGCGCUGCCAUCGAGACGCUGCCCACGGCUGAGAUUGAGGGUUACGUGAAGGAGAUUGAGCAGGAGAAGCAGGAGGAGGCUGCCAAGAAGAAGACGGGCAGGACCCCAGGCACUGGAAGUGCGGCUAUCCUGACCAGAUCUCAGGAUGAUUCUGCUGCGGAAUAG